AUGUUAAUCAAGGACUUACCAGCAUUACGCAACUGGCUUGUUACAACACUUGAACCAUUGUGUGGUGCUGAACCAAUAGGUCUUGCUAAUGAUAUUUUAAGACUUUUUACUAGAGGUGGAUCAUUUAAAAUACUUCGUAGAAGUUGUAUUCGUCGUCUUAAAAAUAUUUUAAAUGAAUCAACUGUCAAUUUUGUUGAUCAAUUAUUUGAUAAUAUUGAAAAUGGACAAUAUAUAUCUGAAAAAGAAAAAGAAAAUAUUCCACCAAAACCAAUUAAAAAUACAACUAAAAUAUUUGAACAACAAGAAAAUAAUCGUGAAAUUCAAUCGAUAUCAAAAUCAACAACAUCUCCAUUUACGACUAUAAAUAGAUCAAUAAAAAGAACAUAUUCUUCUAUGUCUGAAAAUUCAUCAUCAACUAAACGUAUUCAAUAUUCUUAUUCUCAUUUAUCAACAGAUCCAGUAUCAUUAUCAAAUACACAUAUUAUUAGAAAGUGCACGACUUGCUUUGAAGAUCUACCUAACGAAAUUCUAUAUGAUAUGUUCGAGUAUAUUGAUAUAUAUGAUGUUUAUCAAAUUUUUUUCAAUGUUAAUCUAAGAUUUCAACGUUUAUUAAUUGAUUCAUCUGUUCCAAUUCAAAUUGUCAUAACAAAUUUAUCAAUACCAAAUGUUGAACUUUAUUAUAAAAAUUUUCUUCUUCCUAAUAAACACCGAAUCAAUCGUAUUCAUGUAUCAAAUCCAUUUAUAGUUCAUACAUUUUUUUUACCAUCAUAUGGUAUUUCAAAAUUUAGUAAAAUUGAAAUAUUACGUGUUUAUGAUAUUAAAUCAAUAUAUAUUAAAAAUAUUCUUGAUUUUUUAAUGGAUUUACCAGAAUUAUAUUCAUUAACUAUAAAUGUUAUUGAUAAUAUAGAUGAUGUAAAUAUAUUCUAUAUUAAAAUAUUUGGAUUAUCAAAAUUAACAUUUUGUCAAGUUGAAUAUAAAUCAAUCCCAAACAAAACAAAUACAAAUUACUUGGUUAUAGAUGCAACAAUUUUUAGUCCGUUACAACAGUUAAUUAUUAAUGCUGAUUUUCCAACAAAUUCAUUAGAUAUUUUAUUUUCGUACUUGCCUCAAAUUCGUCGUUUAUCAAUUGAUAGACUUACACCAUCAACAACAAAAGAAAUAAAACCAAUUAUUAUGCCUCAUUUAAAACAUGUUACACUGAAAUUGAACAACAUCAAGUUCAAUGAAUUUGAACAAAUAAUGAAGAAUUUUUUUGAAAAUAUUCAAAUCUUAUCAAUCAAUACAAAUAAUGAUCAAGAUUAUAUUCAAGCAACUAAAUGGGAACAAUUAAUCAUAAAUCAUAUACCAGAUUUAAGUAUAUUUAGUUUAUAUUAUGAUGGAAUUGAUAGUACCACAUCUAUUCAUAAUCAUUUUCAAUUAAAUGAAUUAGUUGAAAAUUUUAAUUCAACGUUUUGGAUUGAAAGAAAAUGGUUUUUCAAUUACCAAUAUGUUAAUGAAGAAUCAUCAGAUGGUGGUAUUGUUUAUACAAUUGAUCCAUAUAGGUAA